GCGCGAGCGGCUGCGGCGCCGCUGCGAGCCUCCCGCCCUCUCGACGCGGCCGGAGCCGGGCCCGAGUCCCCGGGAGAACAUUCCGUGGGAUAGAAAGGGAGGUGAUAAUGCACCAUGGCAGCGGCUCCCAGGGUGCCCAGCAUCAGCUGCAGAGGCCCCGGUCCUUCCCUGGCAGCGAAGAAGAGCAGGCGGCCCACCCGAACCUGCCCCCGUCCCCCGCCGCACCCUUUGCCCCAUCGGCGAGCCCAUCCGCACCCCAGUCCCCUGGGUACCAGAUACAGCAACUGAUGAGUAGGAGUCCCGUGGCUGGGCAGAACGUGAACAUCACCCUGCAGAACGUGGGUCCCGUCGUUGGAGGAAACCAGCAGAUCACGCUGGCCCCUCUGCCGCUUCCCAGCCCCACCUCUCCAGGCUUCCAGUUUGGUACCCAGCCGAGGCGCUUUGAUCACGGGUCUCCGUCGUACAUUCAGGUCACUUCUCCCCUGUCCCAGCAGGUGCAGACCCAGAGCCCCACGCAGCCCAGCCCGGGGCCGGGGCAAGCCCUGCAGAGUGUACGUGCGGGUGCCCCGGGGCCCGGGCUGGGCCUCUGCAGUGGCAGCCCCACGGCAGGCUUUGUGGAUGCCAGCGUGCUCGUCAGACAGAUCAGCCUGAGCCCAUCCAGUGCUGGGCACUUUGUGUUUCAGGAUGGCUCGGGGCUUGCCCAGAUCGCCCAGGGUGCCCAGGUGCAGCUCCAGCACGCGGGGACGCCCAUCGCAGUCCGGGAGAGGAGACUCUCCCAGCCUCACACUCAGUCGGGAGGCACCGUCCACCAUCUGGGGCCCCAGAGCCCUGCGGCUGCAGGGGGUGCUGGCCUGCAGUCGCUGGCAAGCCCAAGCCACAUCGCCACGGCGAGCUUGCCACCCCAGAUAAGCAGCAUCCUCCAGGGCCAGCUGAUCCAGCAGCAGCAGCAGCAGGUGCUGCAGGGGCCGCCGCUGAGCAGGCCCCUGGGGUUCGAGAGGACCCCCGGUGUGCUGCUCCCCGGGGUUGGGGGGGGACCAGCUUUUGGGAUGACCUCCCCACCGCCACCCACCAGCCCUUCCAGAACCUCUGUGCCCCCGGGCCUGUCCAGUCUGCCCCUCACAUCUGCGGGCAGUACAGGCAUGAAGAAGGCUCCAAAGAAGUUAGAGGAGAUCCCCCCAGCCUCGCAGGAGCUGGCACAGAUGCGGAAGCAGUGCCUGGACUACCACCACAAGGAGAUGGAGGCUCUGAGGGAGGCCUUCAAGGAGUACUUGAUUGAACUGUUCUUCUUACAACAUCUGCAAGGGAACAUGAUGGAUUUCCUAGCUUUCAAGAAGAAGCAUUAUGCCCCUUUACAAGCGUAUCUUAGGCAAAAUGAUUUGGACAUUGAAGAAGAGGAGGAGGAGGACGAAGAGGAGGAAGAGAAAUCUGAGGUUAUCAACGAUGAGGUAAAGGUUGUGACAGGAAAGGAUGGGCAGACUGGUACUCCCGUUGCUAUAGCAACCCAGCUUCCUCCAAAUGUUUCUGCUGCUUUUUCAUCCCAGCAGCACCCAUUUCAGCAGCAAGCGCUUGCGGGGAGUCUGGCAGGGCCCGGCAGUGCCGCAGAGACAGACCCGUUCAAGAGGCAGCAGGGGCUGCCACCCACAGAGCAGUCUAAGAGACCUCGACUUGAAGUGGGUCACCAAGGGGUAGUUUUCCAGCACCCAGGGGUGAGCACAGGAGUUCCUCUGCAGCAGUUAAUGCCAACAGUCCAAGGAGGAAUGCCCCCUGCCCCUCAGGCCACGCAACUCGCCGGGCAGAAGCAGAGCCAGCAGCAGUACGACCCUUCCACAGGGCCUCCUGUGCAGAACGCCGCCAGCUUGCACACUCCGCCUCCGCAGCUGCCUGCCAGGCUGCCCCCCACCGGUGUCCCCACUGCAGCCCUCCCGUCUGCACUGCAGUUUGCACAGCAGCCACAGGUGGUGGAGGCUCAGACACAGCUUCAAGUCCCGCUGAAGACCCAGCAGCCAAAUGCUGCUGUGCCCGCGCCUCUGCCCAGCCAGCUCCCCAUUCCUCCUCCACAGCCCGUGCAGCCAGCCCUCCACAUCCCGGGGCCUGGGAAGGCCCAGAUCCAGGCGGCUCAGCUUCCAUCCCAGCCACAGACAGUGGCCUCCACACGGCCACCCCUGGACUCUGCCCAGCCCUGCCAGCGGCCUCUGCCCACUUCCUCGUCUACCUCGUCCCUCGCACCUGUGAGUGGCCUAGGCUCAGGACCCCUGCCUGCACGGUCAUCACCAGUGAACAGACCUUCCUCAUCAACCAACAAGGCGCUGUCUCCUGUUGCUUCCCGGUCUCCAGGGGUGGCUGUGUCAGCCGCACCCAAACCCCAGAGCCCUGCUCAGAACGCUGCCUCGUCCCAAGACAGUUCUCAGGAAAAGCUCGCAGAGCAGAUAACACUGGAAAACCAGAUCCACCAGCGGAUUGCAGACCUAAGGCGAGAAGGCCUGUGGUCUCUGCGGCGGCUGCCGAAACUGCAGGAGGCCCCCCGGCCCAGGUCCCACUGGGACUGCCUGCUGGAGGAGAUGCAGUGGAUGGCCACAGACUUCGCCCAGGAGAGGCGGUGGAAGGUGGCUGCUGCUAAGAAGCUCGUCAGAACUGUGGCACGCCACCAUGAGGAGAGGCGGGUCCGCGAGGAGAGGGGCAAGAAGGAGGAGCAGAGCAGACUGAGGCGCAUCGCUGCAUCGACUGCCCGAGAAAUAGAGUAUUUUUGGUCUAACAUUGAACAGGUUGUCGAAAUAAAACUACAAGUAGAAUUAGAAGAAAAAAGGAAAAAGGCCUUAAAUUUACAGAAAGUUUCCAGAAAAGGGAAGGAGUCGAGACCCAGGGGAUUGGAAGUAUUACCAGAACAUUUCCUGGAUUCCAGAGUAUCUGGAAGAAAAAGAAAAGCAAGCGUGUCCUUGACUGAUGACGAAGUGGAGGAUGAAGAGGAGACCAUUGCAGAGGAGGAAGCACACGAAGGGGCCGUCGAUCACCAGACAGAACUUUCUAAUUUAGCCAAAGAAGCGGAGCUGCCAUUGACUGACUUGGUGAAGCUGUACGAGGGCGCAUUUCUGCCGAGUUUCCAGUGGCCACAGCCCAGUCCUGACAGUGACGAGACGAGUGAGGAUGAAGAUGCCGAGGACCACCCUGGUGAGGGGGAAAGUCGGAGAGACCUGGUCCUCAUAGACUCACUUUUCAUCAUGGAUCAGUUUAAAGCUGCAGAGAGAAUGAACGUUGGGAAGCCAAACACAAAAGACAUUGCAGAAGUGACAGCUGUGGCCGAGGCUGUCCUGCCCAAGGGCAGCGCCCGGGUCUCAACUGCGGUGAAGUUCAGCGCCCCGGCUCUCUUGUAUGGGGCUCUCAGAGACUACCAGCAGAUCGGCCUGGACUGGCUGGCAAAGCUCUACCGGAAGAACCUCAAUGGCAUAUUGGCAGAUGAAGCUGGGCUUGGUAAAACAGUGCAGAUCAUUGCUUUUUUUGCUCACCUGGCUUGCAAUGAAGGUAAUUGGGGCCCCCAUCUUGUGGUUGUGAGGAGCCAUAACGUGCUUAAAUGGGAACUUGAAUUGAAACGCUGGUGUCCUGGGCUCAAAACCCUCUCCUGGAUUGGCAGCCACAGAGAACUCAAAGCAAAGAGACAGGAGUGGGCCGAGCCCAACAGCUUCCACAUCUGCAUCACGUCCUACAAGCAGUUCUUCAGGGGCUAUGCCUCCUUCUCCCGAGUGAGCUGGAAGUGCCUCGUCAUCGACGAGAUGCAGCGUGUGAAGGGCAUGACCGAGAGGCACUGGGAGGCCGUCUUCACCCUGCAGAGUCAGCAGCGCCUGCUUCUGCUCGAUGCGCCACUGCACAACACCUUCUUGGAGCUCUGGACCAUGGUGCACUUCCUCAUCCCUGGCAUCUCCAGGCCCUACAUGAGCUUCCCUCUGAAAACUCCCAGUGACGAGAACCAGGACUACUACCAUAAAGUGGUCAUAAGGCUACACAGGGUGACACAGCCAUUUAUUUUGAGGAGAACUAAAAGAGAUGUGGAAAAGCAACUGACAAAGAAAUAUGAGCAUGUUUUGAAGUGCCGCCUCUCCAACCGGCAGAAGGCCUUGUACGAGGACGUCAUCCUGCAGCCUGGAACUCAAGAGGCCCUGAAGAGCGGGCACUUUGUCAGUGUCCUGAGCGUCCUGAUGCGGCUGCAGCGCAUCUGCAACCACCCAGGACUGGUGGAGCCCCGGCUGCCUCACGCCUCCUACGUGGCAGGGCCUCUGCAGUAUUGCUUGGCCUCUCUGAUUCUAAAGGCACUGGACAGAGAUUUCUGGAAGGAACUUGAUCUUUCUCUAUUUGACCUCAUUGGGUUAGAGAAUAAAAUCACUCGCCAUGAGGCAGAAUCACUGUCUAGGAAGAAGGUGACUCGGAAACUCAUGGAGGAGAUCUUCACCUCACCGCCCCCAUCCGCACGGCCAGCGUCUGUGAAGCUGAAGGCGAGCAGGUUGUUUCAGCCCGUGCAGUACGGCCAGAAACCCGAGGGCCGCACCGUGGCAUUCCCCAGCACACACCCACCCCGGACAGCAACCAGCACCGCAGCCACUGCUGCUCCACAGGGCCAGCUGCGAGGACGGCCACCGGUUGCCACUUUCUCUGCGAAUCCGGAUGUGAAAGCAGCAGCAGCCCCGUUUCAGAGCUCUCAGGCCUCCUCCAGUGCUGCUCGACACCAGCCCGCCUCGACCUUCAGCACGGCCGCUAGCCCAGCCCAUCCUGCGAAACUGCGGGCUCAGACCACUGCACAGGCCUCCGCCCCAGGCCCGCCCCCGCCCCAGCCCCAGGCCCCCGCGCACGCGGCCGGGCAGAGCCCGCUGCCUCAGAGGCUGGUGCUCACCUCGCAGGCCCAGGCCCGCCUGCCCAGCAGAGUUACAGAGAGGGAGAGAGAGAGAUCUUCCAUCUGCUGGUUCACUCUGCAAAUGGCUGUAGUGGCCAGGGCUGGUCCAGGCCAAAGCCAGGAGCUUCAUCCAGGUCUCCCAUGUGGGUGCAGGGGCCCAAGAACUUGGGCCAUCCUCUGCUUUCCCAGGCCAUUAGCAGGGAGCUGGAUCAACAGUGGAGCAGCCAGGACUGGAACAGGCACUCACUUGGGAUGUCGGCGUUGCAGGCGGCAGCUUAUGUACCUCUGUGGAGAGGUGGUAAAAAUAGCACAGCUGGCAUCCAUCGCGGGACCACAGAGUCGGGUCACUCAGCCCGAGACGCCUGUGACCCUGCAGUUCCAGGGCAACAAGUUCACCUUGUCACACAGCCAGCUCCGGCAGCUCACGGCAGGCCAGCCUCUGCAACUCCAAGGCAGCGUUCUCCAGAUCGUGUCAGCCCCCGGGCAGCCCUACCUGCGAGCCCCUGGCCCUGUGGUGAUGCAGACCGUGUCUCAGGCGGGUGCUGUGCAUGGCACCCUGGGAAGCAAGCCCCCGGCCGGCGGCCCCAACCCUGCGCCCUUGACCCCACCAGCUGGUGUUCCCAGUCGAGUGGCUGUUAAUGCCAUGGCCGUGGGAGAACCUGGGAUGGCCUCCAAGCCAGCCUCCCCCGGUGGAGGGCCUACCCAGGAGGAAAAGGCCAGGCUUCUGAGGGAGCGGCUGGACCAGAUCCAUCUUGCCAACGAGCGGCGCUGUUGCCAGGCCCCAGUGUAUGGCCGGGACUUGCUGAGGAUUUGUUCCCUGCCAGGAAGAAUACACGUGCCUGGGAAGGUGACGGGGCCGGCCAGCUGUCACCUGUCACCCUCAGAAAGUAAGGGCGACUUCAUUCUGACCCUGAGUCAGUGCCAGGAGUCUCUGCAGGACGUGCUGGGCAGGGUGGCCUGUGUUAUCCCUCCUGUGGUGGCCGCACCCCCGUCCCUGUGCGUGGCGAGGCCUCCCUCCCUGUACAGCCACAGGCUGCGGGUUCUGAAGCAGCGCCUGGAGGAGCACGCGGCCCCCUUCCUCCAGCAGCUGCGACGCUGGACGGCCCUGCGCUCGCUGCAGUUUCCUGAGCUGAGGCUGGUGCAGUUUGACUCGGGGAAGUUAGAAGCCUUGGCUCCCUUGCUUCAGAAGUUGAGAUCUGAGGGGCGCCGGGUGCUGAUUCUGUCACAGAUGGUUCUGAUGCUGGAUAUCUUAGAGAUGUUCUUGAACUUCCAUCACCUCACCUACAUCCGCAUUGAUGAGAACGCCAGCAGUGAGCAGCGGCAGGAGCUGAUGCGGAGUUUCAACAGGGACAGGCGGAUCUUCUGCGCCCUUCUCUCCACUCACAGCCGCGCCACCGGGGUCAGCCUCGUGGAGGCGGACACUGUCGUGUUCUAUGACAAUGACCUGAACCCUGUGAUGGACGCCAAGGCCCAGGAGUGGUGUGAUCGGAUUGGGAGAUGCAAGGACAUUCACAUCUACAGGCUUGUGAGUGGAAAUUCCAUUGAAGAGAAAUUGUUGAAAAAUGGAACUAAAGAUUUGAUCCGAGAGGUAGCUGCUCAGGGGAACGACUACUCCAUGGCAUUCCUUACACAGCGCACCAUCCAGGAGCUGUUUGAGGUCUACUCCCCCAUGGAUGAUGCCGGCUUCCCUGUGAAAGCUGAGGAGUUUGUCGUGCUCUCUCAGGAACCUUCCGUAACAGACAACAUUGCUCCCAAGAUUGCAAGACCUUUCAUAGAGGCCCUCAAGAGCAUCGAGUGUUUGGAGGAAGAUGCACAGAAAGCCAGCGAGGCUGUGGUGCCUGGGUUGGAUGCCGACGCCCUGUUGUCAGACUCAGGCGACCUGCUGGUGGAGGACGGGCCAUCACAGCUGGAGGAGCUGGCUGACUUUAUGGAGCAGCUUACACCUAUUGAAAAAUACGCCUUGAAUUACCUGGAAUUUUUCCAUACUUCCUUCGAGCAAGAAAAACAGAGAAGUAGUGGGGAUGCAGUCAUGGCGUCGGUGAGGGAGUGGGAGUCCCGGAACAUGAAGGCACAGCAGGACAGAGAGGCCCAGCUGCAGCUGGAGCAGGAGGAGGCCGAGCUCCUCACCUACACCAGAGAGGACGCCUACAGCAUGGAGUACGUCUGCGAGGAUGCCGACGGGCAGACUGAGGUGAUGCCGCUCUGGACCCCACCCACUCCCCCUCAGGAUGACAGUGACAUCUACAUUGACUCGGUUAUGUGUCUCAUGUACGAAACCACCCCCAUCCCAGAAGCCAAGCUACCCCCGGUGUAUGUGAGGAAGGAACGCAAGCGGCACAAGACGGACCCCUCAGCUGCAGGCAGGAAGAAGAAGCAGCGGCACGGAGAAGCCGUGGUGCCGCCAAGGUCCCUGUUUGACCGAGCCGCACCAGGCAUGCUCAAGAUUCGGCGAGAAGGCAAGGAGCAGAAGAAGAACUUGCUGCUGAAACAGCAGGCUCAGUUUGCCAAGCCCCUGCCCACUUUUGCCAAGCCCACAGCUGAGUCUGGGCAGGACAGUCCCGAGUGGCUCAUCGGCGAGGACUGGGCCCUGCUGCAGGCCGUAAAGCAGUUGCUGGAGCUGCCUCUGAACCUCACAGUUGUGUCACCGGCCCACACCCCAAAUUGGGAUCUUGUCAGCGAUGUCGUCAACUCCUGCAGCCGGAUCUACCGCUCUUCCAAACAGUGCCGGAAUCGCUACGAGAACGUCAUCAUCCCAAGAGAAGAGGGGAAGAGCAAAAACAACCGCCCCGUGCGCACGAGCCAGCUCUACGCGCAGGAUGAGAACGCCGCCCACACCCAGCUGUACACAAACCACUUUGAGCUAAUGAAGACCACUGCUGGCAAGAGAAGCCCCCCCAUCAAGCCCCUGCUCGGCAUGAACCCCUUCCAGAAGAACCCCAAGCACGCCUCUGUGCUGUCGGAAAGUGGGAUCAACUACGACAAGCCGCUGCCUCCCAUUCAGGUUGCAUCUCUGCGUGCAGAGCGGAUUGCCAAAGAGAAAAAGGCCCUGGCUGACCAGCAGAAGGCGCAGCAGCCAGCCGUGGCUCAGCCCCCUCCCCCGCAGCAGCAGCAGCCCCCACCGCCACCUCAGCAGCCACCACCACCACUGCCACAGCCACAGGCCACGGGCAGCCAGCCGCCAGCAGGACCGCCAACUGUGCAGCCUCAGGCCCAGGCCCCGGCCCCAGCACAGCCACAGCCUGUGCAGGCUCCGCCAAAGGGGCAGCCUGCCAUCACCACCGUGGGCAGCGCUGCAGUGCUGGCAGGAACCAUUAAGACGUCAGUGACAGGAACAAGCAUGCCAACUGGCACCGUGAGUGGAAAUGUGAUAGUGAAUACCAUUGCGGGUGUCCCUGCAGCCACCUUCCAGUCCAUCAACAAGCGCCUCGCCUCGCCUGUGGCUCCUGCUGCCUUGCCUGCAACUGGAGGUUCUGCUCCUGCCCAGGUGGUUCACACCCAGCCACGAGCAGUUGGCUCCCCAGCCACAGCCACCACCGACCUGGUAUCCAUGACAACAACUCAGGGUGUUCGAGCUGUCACUUCAGUGACAGCUUCAGCUGUGGUCACCACCAACCUGACCCCGGUGCAGACCCCAGCACGGUCUCUGGUGACGCAGGUGUCCCAAGCCACAGGGGUCCAGCUUCCAGGAAAGACCAUCACGCCGGCACAUUUCCAGCUCCUGAGGCAGCAGCAGCAGCAGCAGCAGCAGCAGCAGCAGCAGCAAGCCUCCCAGGUGCAGGUUCCGCAGAUGCAGGGCCAGGCCCAGUCCCCUGCUCAGAUCAAAGCCGUGGGCAAAGUGGCGCCGGAACACAUCAUCAAAAUGCAGAAGCAGAAGCUGCAGCUGCCCCCGCAGCCCCCACCACCGCAGGCCCAGCCAGGGCCCCCCCAGCCCCCAGCCCAGGUGCAAGUGCAGCCGCCACAGCCCCCACAGCAGCAGAGCCCGCAGCUCACCACAGUCACGGCUCCACGGCCCGGAGCGCUGCUCACGGGCACCACGGUGGCCAACCUCCAGGUGGCCCGGCUUACCCGGGUUCCCACUUCUCAGCUGCAGGCGCAAGGGCAGAUGCAGACCCAGACGCCCCAGCCGGCCCAGGUGGCCUUGGCGAAGCCGCCGGUGGUGUCCGUCCCAGCGGCCGUGGUCUCCUCGCCGGGAGUCACCACCCUGCCCAUGAACGUGGCAGGCAUCAGCGUGGCCAUCGGGCAGCCGCAGAAAGCAGCAGGGCAGACCGUCGUGGCGCAGCCCGUGCACGUGCAGCAGCUGCUGAAGCUCAAGCAGCAGGCCGUCCAGCAGCAGAAGGCCCUCCAGCCCCAGGUUGCCCAGGGCCCAGCCGCCGUCCAGCAGAAGAUAACAGCACAGCAGAUUGCUGCCCAGGGCCCACAGCAGAAGGUCACCUACGCCACCCAGCCAGCCCUGAAAACCCAGUUUCUCACCACACCCAUCUCUCAGGCACAGAAACUGGCCGGGACUCAGCAGGUGCAGACCCAGAUCCAGGUUGCAAAGCUUCCUCAAGUUGUGCAGCAGCAGAGCCCCGUGGCCGGCAUCCAGCAGGUGGCCUCCGCUUCCCAGCAGGCUUCUCCGCAGACAGUGACGCUGACACAGGCGACGGCGGCAGGGCAGCAGGUGCAGAUGAUCCCUGCGGUGACGGCGACGGCCCAGGUGGUCCAGCAGAAGCUCAUCCAGCAGCAGGUGGUGACCCCGGCGUCAGCCCCGCUUCAGACACCUGGUGGCCCGAGCCCCGCGCAGGUUCCGGCGGGUUCCGACAGCCCGAGUCAGCAACCCAAGCUGCACAUGCGGGUCCCCGCGGUCAGGCUGAAGACGCCCACCAAGCCGCCGUGCCAGUAGUUGGAGGAGCGGGCGCUUGCGUCUGUGGGAGACGCUGCUGCGUGAGAUGCGUGCGCCCCGGGAGCUGUCCCUGAGGCAGCGGCGGGGUCGCCCCCGCGGGAAUUUGGCCCUCCCUGGCCCGCUGGCCCGCCUGCUGGUCUCCCUUGUCACUUUCUCCUCCAGAGCAGCAGGCUGGGCUUGGAGAGCCACGUCGAUUCCUCUGUAGUGCGCAGAGCUCCGCCCGUGCAGAGCCGCGAAGGAGUCCCCGGUGGUGUCUGCCACGUCCCGUCUUCGGCCACCUCAGGGGACAGGCGUCUGCAGGCAGCACCCGCGGUCGGCUCCCCCUUCCGAGGGAGAGCAGCCAUGGUUUGCUUUGACGGGACGCACUGAGUCUGUGCACACGUGACACGCCCAGCUUGCGUCCGAGGGAGAUGCCCAGUGGGGCCUCCCCGGUCCCACAGCCAGUGUGAUUUGUUUUCGUUUAAAGGAAACUCGGCGCGUUCAUGACGGGCCCUGGCUUUGGAUAAAGCUCUAGGUCCUGGGUGUGCCCAGCGUCCCCCAGCACACGGGCAGCCUUGUGCUCCUGUUCCAGUCGCACGCUGUGAGGUGCAGAGUGAGCCUCACAGGCUCCCCUGCUCCUCACUGGGACGAGGCCUGGUGUGGGGCCUCGAGUAGCUCCUCUGUGGAUAGCGUCCUAGGUGGGGCCACAGGCGGCCCACCCGGGGCUGCGGCAUCCUCGGUGGUGGCAUCAGGUGUUUGCCACGGCGUCUCAGGCGUGGUUCUGCCAGCAUAAGUGGAGAAGUGCCUGGGCUGGUCGUGAAAGGGUUGCAAGACAGGGAGCACCUGCUUCUGUCUGCGCUUAGGCAGGGAGCAGACGUGGCAGCCUCCCUCCCUGGGCUCUCCCCAGGCAGACAGGGCCGUGUCCAGCUGACCUCGUGCUGAGCCGUUCCCGUUGUUGGUCCAGGAAGGUAGGUUCUGCUGAGCUUUUGGACGCCAAGUAUCAGGCCGCACACACUUCAAGAUUGCUGACUUUUUCAUCGCCUGGGCCCUGUCCUGACGUGCCCCUUGGGUGGCAUUGAGGAGGCUAUGUCCUCUGGGGUCCCCUCACCCUGCAGCCUGUGUUCCACUCCCUGCGAGCUGGCUUUUGAGUCCUUGAUGAGAAAUUUGGACAGACGUAAAGAUGAGAUGCCGGAAGGAAGGGACUUAACAAACAGUGCGUGCAGCUUAGCACAGAACACGGGGACCCGUUCCCGUGGCCGGCCCUGCCCGUGCCGGUUUGGUCAGCACCGCGUCCCCGCCCUGUGAGCGUGCCCCUGCUGAGUGCACUGCGGUCACCCUCCACACAGCCAGCCCAGCACGGGCCUGCUGUCCCCUCUGGACGCCUGGGUGUGUGGUUCCCGAGAUGCUGCUGCUGACAAGGGCACUCCGCGUAGUCGCUCAGAUCCUCCUCCCAGUGUGCUGUUCUUGGCCUGUUUAAAGGUUACCCUGCCCAGUUAUUUAAGAAGUAAGUGUGUGUGUGGGAAGUUGUCGUCUAGCCCUCCUCCCUGCAAGCCCACACCAUCUGUGAAUCGGAGGCUUUCAGGACGUGAUACAAGGCGGCGGCCAGAGCACCGUCCGGACCUGGGUGGGCUCCGUGGGAAGCAGAGGCUUGGAGCCCUGGUGGAGGUCUGGGGCCUGAGCAGGGGUUUGCCCUUGUGUGUUCUAUGUUGUUGUUUUUGUUAAUUAUUGUAACUAGAUAGCUGUUGUGUUUUAAUCUCUAAAGGAACAGGACUGAAACUGUAAAUACUUUGUAAACAUAAGAGUUUGUACUUGAACAGUAGGAUUUUAAAAGGGCCCUGAUAUCUUGCCAAACAGAAGGCAUAAUAAAUGACCUUUUUGUA